AUGAAGGGUUCCGUCAGAAACCGGAACAAGAACAAAUACUGUCACUUUCAUGAGGACAUAGGCCAUGAAACCAAUGAUUGUUACAGCCUCAAACGGUUAUUGGACUGUCUAGCUGAUAAAGUAGUGUUAAAGUCCUAUAUUCUGAAGUCCAAGGUGACCCUCAAAACAAACAAUGGACAGCCGUCCAAGAAGGCACCCCAAUCUGCUAAUAGUUCGGACACUAAUGAUGAAACGAUCUAUACUAUAGCAGGCAGCUUUGCCGGAGGGGGUCCUACCAUCCGGGGCACCAAGGACUACGACCGGAGGCUGGAUGUCAGCAUAGUGGAUGAGGGCCAAGCGUCAAAAGACACAUUCCCUGACGUCCUCAUCACUGAGAAGGAUAGGGGCAAGGUUAGGCGGCCACAAGAUGACCCCAUAGUGAUCGAGUGCAAGAUAGCCAAUCAGAAGGUUGGCCGGAUCCUAAUCCACACUAGGAGUUCAUCCGACCUGAUCAGUCAGAAGUGCUUGGCUAAGCUUAAGUACAAGCCUAGUAGCAUGACCCAAGUUUCACACCCCUUGGUUGGAUUUGGGGGAGGGGUCGUGCAUCCGGUGGGAAGAAUUGACCUACCUAUUAGGUUGUGCGAGAAGGGGGCAGGACGCCACAUGGUGGUUCGGUUCCUUGUUGAGGAAUUGACCGCCUAUAACCUAAUACUAGGCAGGCCAACGCUGAAUGAGUCUAAAGAGGUCAUCAUUCCAGCCUUCAUGCUCCUUAUAUUUGAAAGAGAUGAUGGGUCUGUAGGCUCCUUGAGUGUAGACCAGAAGACGGCGAGAGAAUGCUAUCUCUCAGACGUCAAUUCGAAUGUGGCUGCAGCCAGUCUGAAUGAGGAGUCUGUAGACCUUGAUGAGGUCAGAACGGUUGCGCCUACUCCAAGGGCAGCCGACAAAAAGAGAAAGGCGGACCAAUUGGUAACCGUCAAGAAGGAGAGGCAAUAG